CUAAUAAUAAAGGUGUGUGUGAGGAAAGCAGCACUGUACAUCAGCAUCGCACAGCAUCACCAUCUCCCUCUCUCUCUCUUUUUCUGAUCUUACGCACGUUUGCCAUGCUGCUGUUCGGACUCUUGCCACUCAUGUUGCUAAGGGGAUGCGGUUGCCAGGCGGCCGACGCUCCUGAGGAUGUGACGGCUGAGUUCUCCGUCAGAUUGUACCACCAGCUUCAGAUCCAGGGGGUUGAGGAGAACAUCAUCUUUUCUCCUCUGAGUGUGGCUUUGGCUCUGGGCAUGGUGGAGCUGGGUGCCCGGGGAUCUUCUUUAGAGGAGAUCAGACAGGCUUUGGGCUACAGUAAUUUCAGAGAUGAUGAGGAGUUUUCACUGCUGAGUAACCUGACCCAGGCCCUGUCUGCAGAUGAAGAGCAGUAUGUCGUGCGGCUGGCCAAUUCUCUCUUUCUGCAGACGGGCGUUCACUUCAGUGAAGAUUUCCUACAACUCAUGAAGAAAUACUUCAGAGCGGAGGUGGACACAGUGGACUUUACAGCAUCAGCAGCUGUGGCUGAACACAUUAACUCAUGGGUCCAAAACCACACAGAAAGCAAGAUUCACAACCUGGUGUCUGCUGAUGACUUCAGCAGUGCUACCAAGAUCAUGCUGGUGAAUGCCGUGUACUUCAGAGGAAGCUGGAAGAAUCAAUUCAGACCAGAAAACACCAGAACCUUCUCUUUUUCCAAAGAUGAUGGCAGUGAGGUCCAGACCCUGAUGAUGUACCAGCAGGGAGACUUUUACUACGGAGAGUUUAGUGAUGGCACAACAGAGGCAGGUGGGGUCUACCAAGUUUUGGAGAUGCUUUAUGAAGGUGAAGAUAUGAGCAUGAUGAUCGUGCUGCCCCGGCAAGAGGUUCCUCUGGCCAGUCUGGAGCCCAUCAUCAAAGCCCAGCUGCUGGAGGAGUGGGCCAACAAUGUCAAGAGACAGAAGGUGGAGGUCUACCUGCCCAGAUUUAAGGUGGAACAGAAGAUGGAUCUGAGAGACACACUGCAGCAGCUGGGCAUCAGGAACAUCUUCACCAAAGAUGCAGAUCUGUCGGCCAUGAUGGCUGAGAUGGAAGAGGGACAGGAUUUAUUUAUCGGGAAGGCCGUGCAGAAGGCUUACCUGGAAGUUACAGAAGAGGGAGCAGAGGGAGCUGCUGGAUCAGGUAUGAUCGCAUUGACAAGGACGCUGGUGUUGUACCCUCAGGUCAUGGCUGAUCAUCCCUUCUUCUUCAUCAUCAGAAACAGAAAAACAGGGUCAAUCCUUUUCAUGGGCCGGGUCAUGACCCCGGAAGUCAUCGAGCCCUUUGACAACAACUUUGAGAUGUGAAUACGUCUACAAACUACAAUGAAAUCAUCACAGAACACAAGAUGAGAAACUAUUAUAUACACAGAAUAUUUAUAUUAUAAAAGUGAUUGUGUUUUGAUACUCAUGAGCUUUAACCAUACCAGGAUAUACAAAGCUGUAAAUAUUUGAAGUAUUUGCGAGCACUCCAUGCCAUCGACUUAUAUUCUUAUUCCACACCAGCAUUAUUCAGUCCUGUAUUAUCUUAUCUGUAUAUUCGCUAUUGUGUUUCUGUAGAGAAAUGUUAAUAAUAUUUAUUGCAGGAUGUGUGCAGUUCUUUAAUGUAGAUUCCUUUCAUUCCUGUUUUUGGUUUUGUACAUGGCUGAAGUACUGCUCACGUAAUAUGCCUUAAUAUAUAAAUAUACGUUUUUGAUUCAAUGAAAGGUUGUGAAUGUACAGGUAGUGAAGCGCUGUUGCCAUGGAAACUCAGGCAGACUGGAGAGAGUGCAUUUGGUACGGUGGUGAAUAAAAUACCAGCUGUAUUCUCGAUUUCGGAAAUAAAGAUGAAUGUAUUCAAUGA